AUGGGCCCACCAGAAGAAAUCAACAAAGAUCCUCUUAUCUUGCCCAAUCUCACCCUGGGUUAUUACCUCCAUGACAACUUUCGAGACAAAAUGUUGACAUUGGAUGCUCUGUUGGAUUUGCUUUCGACUGGAGAGGCCAAUGUUCCCAACUACAGCUGCGGAAGGAAGAGAAACAUGCUGGUUCUCCUGGAAGAGACCAACUCUGAUAUAUCCAUCCUUAUGGCUGCCAUAUUGGGCAUCUACAAAAUCCCACAGCUUCACCAUUUCCUGAAGAAUCCUCAGAUCUACAACAACACCAUAGAAGGAAUGUAUUUGGAUAGAAAUGGAGAUUUGAUGGCUGACUUUGACAUUGUGAGCUGGGUGUUGUUUCCUAAUAAAUCGACCACCAGAGUGAAAUUUGGGAGUCUAGACAGAGAAGGAACCAUUGGAGUCAAAUUCAGCAUCAACAAGGAAGCCAUCACGAGCCCUCAGUGGCUCAAUCAGCCCUUGCCUCACUCCCAGUGUGUGGAGCCUUGUCAACCUGGCUAUUUCAAGGUGGUCCAGGAAGGAAAACCAGUCUGUUGCUACAACUGCGUCCCUUGUGCAGAAGGGAGCAUUUCCACCCAAGAAGAUGCAGACCACUGCACCAGGUGUCCAGACAAUCAGUAUCAGAACAAGCCUCGAGAUCAAUGUAUCCUCAAAACAGUCACUUUUUUGUCCCAUCAAGAGUAUUUGGGAAUUAUUCUUACUUUCUUUGCCCUAUUCCUGAUCUUAACCACAGUUUUAAUCUUGGGAAUCUUCAUUAAAUUCCAAGAAACUCCAAUUGUCAAAGCCAACAACCGGGACCUCUCCUAUAUCCUCCUGGUCUCCCUUCUUCUUUGCUUCUUGACUUCCUUUCUCUUCAUUGGUCAGCCAGGGAGAACCACCUGCCUUCUCCGACAAACAAUUUUCAGCAUCAUCUUCUCAAUUGCCGUGUCUACCGUCUUGGCUAAAACAGUCAUGGUGGUGCUGGCCUUCCUGGCCACAAAGCCAGGAAGCAGAGUGAGAGGAUGGCUGGGCAAGAGUCUGACCAACACCAUCAUCAUUUCUUGUUCCAGUGUCCAGGUUGUCAUUUGUUUCACCUGGUUAGGAGUCUUUCCUUCAUUCCCUGAUUCUGACAUGUAUUCCCAGCCUAGAGAGAUUGUUUUGCAGUGCAAUGAAGGCUUGGUCACUAUGUUUUAUGUUGCCCUUGGUUACAUGGGUUCUCAGGCUGCCAUUUGCUUCAUAGUGGCCUUCCUGGCCAGGAAUCUACCUGGGUCCUUCAACGAAGCCAAGCUGAUCACCUUCAGCAUGCUGGUCUUUUGCAGUGUCUGGAUCUCCUUUGUGCCUACCUAUCUGAGCACCAAAGGGAAAUUCACGGUUGCUGUGCAGGUCUUCUCCAUCUUGGCUUCCAGUGCUGGGCUGCUGGGUUGCAUCUUCAUCCCCAAGUGUUACAUCAUUUUGCUGAGGCCAGAUCUGAAUACAAAGGAACAUCUGAUGUUCAAAAGUGAAGUAAAAAAGUGAUGCUGAUGGAUGUUCUGGGGAUAUAAUUCCCACCCAAUAUAAUUCUCACA